AUGAACACGGUAAGACGACAAGAAUUAAAUAGUUUGGUUGAGGUGUACAAUGCGUCUUUUGGUACAUCAUUUUUAAACGCCGCCAUGAUGGAUUCACGUCUCCUGCUGUUGAGCGUUUUCUUCUCGCUGUUUUUCAGCUCGCACAGUCAAUGGCAUACCUCGAACAGGCAAAGAUUAAAUACUUUUAAAGAAAGUUUCAAAAAUAGCCAAUCCGAUUUAAUCAUUUUUAUCGAUGUUUCGGGCAGUGUACGUACAUAUGGCUUCAGAAUGGAAAAGUAUUUUGUCACAAGCUUACUGAAUGAGUUUAGCGUUGCUUUCUAUUCAACGCGUAUUGCAAUCGUUACAUUUGGUGAACGUAUUAAAACUAACCUAAAUUACAUCAAUCUUGAAUCGACCAGCGUUGAAGACACGACAAAAUGUGAAUUUAAGAAAAUUUUUGAACACCAAGUCACGUUCCGUAAUGGGAGAGCCACAAACAUGAAGGGCGCGUUCAGAACUGGUUAUGAUUUGUUGAAAGAAGCCGAAAGCCUUGGUUGGAAAAGAACGAACGUAAACACAGUAGCCAUGAUGAUCACUGAUGGUGCUUGGAACAUGGGCAAUCCUACAAACGAAAUCAAUCAGUUAAAGAACGGCCAGUUUAAUGUUGAGAUUUUCUCGGUUGGAGUUGGAUAUGCUGUACACUCGCAAUUACAAACUAUUGCCUCAAGUAAUGAUAAGGUUAUUUAUGCAAACAAUUUCGAUCAAUUUAAACAACUCGCUCAGUACAUCAGAGGAGGUAAGUUGCAAUGAGAUAUAUCGUUCAUUAAAUAUGCAUGGCUUAUAGUAUCGAAAAGUAAUUGGUUUCGGUUUGGUGAGAAUUUUUUCGAAAUAAAUCAAAAGCUGGAUAAAUUGUCUCCAAGGGCUUUUAGUUCUGUAACUGUAUAGUUGAAAAAGGUUAAAUAAACCAAGAUUUUCAAAAAAAUAGUUUUUAAAUUAAAAAAGUUUUAAAAGAGUUUUAAAAAGCAAAAAAAGUUUAAAAAGUUAGAUUUUCAAAAAAGUUUAAAAGGUUAGGGUUGGUGGUUAUGGGUUAGUGGUUGGGGUUAGGAUUGGGAUUAGUGUUAGGUGCCGCGAAUUUAUUAUUAUGAUAAAAUUCAAAAUGUGCUGCGUAUUUAUCAUAAUGUAAUGAUAAAUUCGGACAUGUUUAAGAAUUUACUCACAGUAAAUUCAAAGGUGGAGCUCAUGCUGACUGACCCUUCCACCCUAGCAGUGUAGCUUGCUCCGAGACAGACAUGAGUCAUAAGGUGGCUGCCAGAGGCGGGUCAGGUUGAGCUGCGUCCUUCACAAUUCAACGUAUCUCUCAGCUGCAAGUAAGGAUGAUUUCCCACCACUCCCACCCAAUUUAUAAUGCAUUGUAAAAUUUUAAAUUAACUUUGAAUGUCACACAAGAAAAUGCGUGCAAGUGCAGAUAAAACAAACACACAAUAACACUCGGUAAUAAACUUCAAUAACACAGGAAAAGGUACUGUACACAAUCUGUAAGGGUCUCACCAUGUUUUUUUAUUUAAUUUCAGACGCCCAUGAACGUAUCUACUUUAAAGUAUCAGAUGGCAGAUGUUCUACUCGAUGUCAUAAAGAUGCUUUCUGCUCCUGUGGUACUGUGGGUGGAAGAUAUGUCUGCGCUUGCAAUGCUGGAUUUUCUGGGAAUGGUAUCGACUGCCAACGUAUGUAGUACUAGUGUGACUUAUUUUAGGACAAAUAUACCCUACCUUUUUGUUGCUGCAAAUCUUACUCAUAAAAUUGUUUUGCUUAAGACUUAAGUCUAAUGAAAAUUUACUUCAAUAAUAUAUAGCCUAUCAGCUGAAUGUUAUAUUUACUCAGCGAUCAUUAAUCCCAGUAAGUAAGUACAGCACAAGACUACAUGACUAAUUUAACAUUAAAAUCUCCAUACAUGCAGCCUGUCCACUUGGCUCCUUCAAAGAUUUUCCUUCGCCACUGAAAUGCACCGGAUGUCCAAAAAAUUCGAACACUGCUAGAACUGGAAGUACAUCCAUCAAAGACUGUAGUUGUAAAGUGGGGUAUGAGGGAGAUCCUGAAAAAAAGAUCGAGUGUACAGGUAGGUAUGUGGAUAUGACUGUUUAUAACAAAACUAUUGUUUUGUCUUGUUUUGGAAUAUUAUGUCGUCUAUUCGUAUUGCAUAUUUCCAGUUUAUAUCUAGUUUGUAUAUUCACACAGUUUAUAUUCAACAGCUUAAAACACACCCUCUAAAAGAGGCCAUAGUUUGUAUGAUCGUUUAGACUGGCUUUAGUGUGCACUUAUUCAUCAUACUAUGUUAGGAAAAUAUUUCCUCUCCUGGUACAACUGUUAGGGUAGGGUAUAGUUACAUAGGUUGGAUAACCACUGCCCACACUAACACCAAGAUAACGAUACGUUGGUAUUAUUUGCGAGCUACAAUAUGUUUAUUCAUUUUGUCGUUUAAUCACUGGAAAAGCUGGAAAAAGAGGCGAAUUCCUACGUAUUGUUCUUUGAGGUCUGACCUAAAAUCUUCGCUAAUGAUACGGUUUGUCACUAGUAGCUUUACAAUGCCAAAAACCGUUUCUUCUGUUUAGCUGUGAAAUGUCCGCCUAUUGCCGCUCCCAAGAAUGGUCAAAUGUCUGGAGCAAAAUGUCACGGAUUCUACCAAGCAAAAUGUUUCUUCAAAUGCAAUACUGGUUACUUACGUUAUGGUCCACCAUACAGAGAAUGUUUGUCAAAUAAAAAAUGGUCGGGACAAAACAUUAGAUGUGACGGUAAUAAUAAUAUGCAUUUUAAUAGGAAUCACUUCAAAACUAGAAACCACGCUUGAUCUGCUAGGAGGAGAGGGUGCUGAACAAGCCUUAAACAUAAAGUAGGGCGCUAGUAUUGAUAAUUCAAUCAAUAUUGGUUAAAGGAACUUACUACCUGAAAAUUAUGGCACAAAUUCCAUGUUUUGAGCAAAGGUUCUUCAUCUGGAAUGUCUCUCUUGAAAGCUCGCAGUUUUGUUUUGUAUUCCGCUACUAUCUAAUUAUCACCACCCGCUAGUUAUUUAUCAAUGACGAUGUUGUGUUUUUUAGUUCAACGAUGCAAUGAUAUCCCACCACUGCAUCAUGGCACUGCUAGUUGUAGUGGAUCAGCAUUUCAAGAUACAUGCAAUUUCCAAUGUAAUCGUGGCUAUGAACUCAUUGGCAGCGGCCAAAAGGUUUGUCAAGCUAACGGUCAGUGGACUGGAUCGGAUGUUGUGAGAUGCGAAGGUAAAUUAUCAAUCAAACUCAUUAAUAAUUCAUUAAUAAUUCAUGAAAAAGGAAAUAAGCACCGUCUGAUAGUCUUGACACCACCACUCUAAUAAACGUCCAUGAAUUAAGUCAACUUCCAUGUUGAAUUUCUCUUUCCUACUGAUACUUGUUCGUUGAGAAGUAGUUCCAUCCCUCCUUACGGAAACUGACGGACACUUCUCUAUAACGGACACUUUUCUAUAACGGACACUUUUCUAUAACGGACACUUUUCUAUAACGGACACUUUUCUAUAACGGACACUUUUCUAUAACGGACACUUUUCUAUAACGGACACUUUUCUAUUACGGACACUUUUCUAUAACGGACACUUUUCUAUAACGGACACUUCUCUAUAACGGACACUUUUCUAUUACGGACACUUUUCUAUAACGGACACUUUUCUAUAACGGACACUUUUCUAUAACGGACACUUUUCUAUUACGGACACUUUUCUAUUACGGACACUUUUCUAUUACGGACACUUCUCUAUUACGGACACUUUUCUAUAACGGACACUUCCGACUGUGUCUUACGCUCCAUGUCAUUCACUAAAGUGAUCUAAAACGCCUCAAACGGUGUAUUAAAAACUCAGCUAAUCCCCUUUUCAACCCAUUUUCGGUGUUUCAAAUCGCUUUAACAAAGCAUUAAGAUAAUGAAACUGUUCGUUGUAACGUUGAAUGAUAUCUUGUACGUUGUUUGUACUAGAGGUGUGCAUCGGAUCGGAUUGGACGUUUAUAAUCCGACAAUUGCCUAAUGUUUAAAAUCCGAUCCGAUCCGAAAUUGUCUAAUCCGAAUCCGAUCCGAUCCGAGUUUUGAUAAAGAAUUCCAAUCCGAUCCGAUCCGAAGAACUCUUUAAUAAAAUAAAUUUCUCAUUCAAGUUGAAAUAUUUAAGCAAAUAAAUAUAAAAGCAAGAAAUACAUGUCAAGAAGCUGACAAAGUGACGUCCAAUUGAAGUAUCUAACGAAUAAUGCAGCGACAACUGCGAUAAUACUUUGAUAAAUGCAUGGAUAAUUAAUUCUUGUGAUAAUGCGAGGAUAAUUAAAUAAUUUUAUUUCGGAUAUCGAAGUCCGAUCCGACUACGAAACAACUUUAUCAAUCCGGUCCGAAAUGUAUAUUUUGGAUCCGAAAUCCAAACGAAUCCGAUCGGAUUCGGAUCGGAUUUGCACACCUCUAGUUUGUACCCUUCUGGAAAGUACUUCACUUUGGCUAUAUAGCCUCCUUUUCGUGUAUGCGACAUUAGAAUCACGAAAACGAGGCUCUAUAGCCAAGGUGACAUACAGUAGUAUUUUCCAGAAGAGUGUAUUAACAUUUGGAUUGUUUUAUUUCAAUUUCAACAGUUCUGAUUCCGAAAUCGGAACUGUAAAUCAGAACUGUAAAUCCUUUAUAUCAGAACUGUAAAUCCUUUGUAUAUAAGUGUCCAUUGUACAGAUUGUCCAUUAUCUGAGAUUCCACUGCAAUAAUAAAACAGUUUCUUGCUCUUUUCUAAAGCUAAGAAAUGCCCAGCAUUGCGAAAGUUAUCGUUUGGUACCGUUGAACCAGUUGAUUGUGUUACACGUGCACAGAAUUACGCAGCAGGGUGUAUAUUCCGGUGUAGUAACGGGUACGUAAUGCAAGGCCAGGGUAACUUGGUCUGUAGAGAAGAUGGUACCUGGUCACACGGUAUACCAACUUGUACAGGUAAUCAUAACUUUUCUUUAUAUACUUUUUCUCUCCUCUCGAGUUCUCAUCCUAACCCUGAUUAACCCAAUCCUAACUCCAAUCCAUCAUUUCGGCAGAAUACUGCAACAAAUUGUUGUUUGCCAAUAUUUAUCGGAUGAGAAAAUAAUGUUAAUUUCAUCUUUUAUUUGGAGGCAAACAGAUAGAAUUGAGAGAUCUAGAUGUACUUUAAUUUUCUUCUAUCCUAUCCUAUCCAUGUUGACAAGUUGAUCAUCAGCUGUUCUCCCAAAAUGCUCACGGAAAACUACUCAAUAUUUUUUUUAACAGUAGUCAGGACCGGGGGUCGGCGCAAAACUGGCCGGGACCCUAUGACGUCAUAACUGCAAAACUGUUAAACAGGAGAAGAGGUUUUACAAUAUUCUACAUUUCAUUGCAUAUUAUUCAGCACUAACACAGUUUGGAUUUAUAUUCUAUCCGCCCCCAUUUCGGCAGGCCAGUCAACAAUUACCACUUUUAUUACCUAGCCAUAACCACCCAACAAUACACCACUUUGACAGAUCCAGUAUUAAGGAAUAGGAACGAGUUGGGGGAUGAAUUAGCAAAUUAAGUUUUCACAUUCAUUUUCACAUACUUGCUCGGGAUUUCUGGGUUGAAUGUCGACAAAUUAAAUGCGUUUUGACACUAUGUGGUUUCCCAAACUCACCCAGGUCCCAAUAUACUCCGUACGUACAUAAGUGGUAUAUAUAUUAUAUAUAUAUAAUAUUGUAUAUAAUUAAUAUAUGAAGUGCACAACAGUCACCCAAUCUGAAAAAGAUAAAAAAUACUUCUCGACAUUUUCAACAAAAGGUCCUUUGUCAGGAUAGUUAUAGUUAUAUACAAUUUGCCCCAGCCUGGACCUUCCAGCACAAUUGUCUAUAAAUAGUGUAAAUAUUGUUUUAUCUCUAGAUACACAGCCUCCUAUGAUAGUAUGUCCAAAAAGCAGGACAGUCGGAACUGACAAAAACAAACCAACUGCAACUGUUGAUUUUGGAGGUGUAGAGUAUGGUGAUAAUUCACAGUUGUUUGGAAAUGCUCAAAUCAAAUUCAAACAAAGCCCUGAGGGAAUCCAAAGUCCGCACAAAUUUUCUCUUGGGAGAACCACAACUUCUUAUACAGUGGAAGAUCAGGCGGGCAACAUCAAUAGAUGUAGCUUUUCCGUCGAGGUUGUAGGUAAAUUAUUUAAUUAAAGUAGAAUUGUCGGUACGUACCCUAGUCUUACUAGCGUAUUGAGAAAAUAGACAAAUGAUAUUUGAAUCAACUAAUCUCAUGUUGUUAAAAAUCUAGAUUCAUUUUAUGAGCAUAUCUUUACGCAACAUGCUCAAACAUUUUUCAGUCAGGAGAGAUAUGUUCAUGGAGCAUUAAGCCCGUUCUCCACUACGCGAAUUUGUUCGCGCGACGCGAAGCGAAAACCGAAAUCCGGCAACGUGAUUGGUCGGCGAAAAAAUUCGCGGCGAAAAAGUAGGAUCGCUUCCUACUUUUUAUCUGUUCGCGCGAAUAAAUUCGCCUAGCGGAGAACGGGCUUUAAUGAACUCUAAAAAAACCUUGGGUAAAAUUAAGUGAUUGACCGAUAUUCGGUAUCGGCAUCGGGCUGAUUUUUGUCUUAUCGGUAGACAAUUGGAAUCGGUAGAAUUGUAUAAAACAGUUUGUUGAGAAAAUACGCACUUUAAAAAUUAUAUGUAUUGCACGUUGAUACACAUUGCGUUUUAACGAAAUAUGUUAAAUUAAUGGUUGAAGCAUGCCAUUUAUUAACGGUUUUAACGAUGUUUGGUUACAUAAACAUGUUACGUUGGAAGUCAUCGUUAAAAAAUCGACAUGAAUGACGUCACCUGAUAUUAUGACGUCAUUAUAAAAUCGGCAUCGGUAGAUUGUGACAUGGAUAAUCGGUAAUCGGUAAUUUCCGAUUGUUGCACAAUCAGUCAAUCACUAGUAAAAUUUUCUGAUUAACUUAGAAGUAAUCCUUUUUGGAUUAACUUAGUCUGGUUAAUUUAACCUGGUCAAAUAUGAUCAGAUUCGGAUUCCUGGUUACAUUAACCAAGUGGUAGGAAGUGAGAUAAAAUAACCAGGAAAUUUAAGGGGUGGGUGACACCCUGAUAUCAUAGCACUCCAAUUAACUAAAAUUGUGCAAAAAGAUGAGUAUUUAGAUGUUAUCUCAAAACUCCUUUCAGUCUAGUUUCAGAAAAUGCAUGAAAUGCAAUCUUAACAAUCCUCCAUUGUUAUAUUUUAUGAUUUCUAUUUGUAGAUAAGGAGUCACCUCGAGUAAUUUCGUGUCCAAAAGAUAAAAUAGUGGCAACUAAACACGAUAAAGUAGUGAUCACCUGGGAACCAGUUAUAUUUAAAGAUAAUGCUGGGGAUAAUAAGUUGACGAUUAUUGGAUCUGAUAGAAAUAACACGGAGUUUCGAUCUGGUACUUAUAUUAUCUCCUACACUGCAACAGAUGGAAAAAAUCCUGAAGCUCGGUGUCUGUUCACAAUAACAGUUACAUGUAAGUACUAAUGUGACAUAUUUGGCCUAUGCUACUAUAGUAAUACAAUAAUAAAGUUGCUCGAACUUCCCAAUUACCAACACGUUUUGUUUCAAUGUUUUAAUGAGAUUAUAACUAAAAGGAUUAGUAUCUGGCGGUCAUGUUAUGGGUCGAGUAGACCAAUAGUCCAAUAAAUCUGGAAAGGUUUUUGUAGUCCGUCGUAUAUUUAAACCAUCUUUUUAGAAUCCUUACUUUCUUUAUCUGAUUCUUAUUGGAAAUGCACCAAGCAAGGUGUUUUUUUGUUUGUUUGUUUUUUUUAUUAAUGAUUAAUAACACAUUAUCGCAUGAAAUCUAACUAUAUUACAAUGUAUCAUUAAGAUUAAAAUCUAUGUAACCAAGAACAAUUACUUGUUUAAGACGCAGAUCAUGCUAGGGAAAAACUGUAACCAAACCUAUCAGCUCUACAUUUAAAAGAAGAGAUUUGUUCAAAAUUAAAUUCCUUAAAUUAUACCCAUGUUCGUUCUCCCUCGUCAGGGUUAGAUGACACGAUAGGCAACCGCAUUAUUGAUUUGGAGUAAGAUGGUGUGUGAUGCUAAUCCUUUAAAACUCCUUAAAAUAUCAUUAAUAAUUCAUAAACGUUGUUGCAAAUCAUGUCAGCCAUAAUAUGUCACGUGGAGUGACUUUAUAUCUGAUAAAACUCAUCUUUAUUUGUAUUCUUUAUAUAAUUGUUCAUCCUAAUUAGUAUGAUUAUAUAAUUUUCAUGUCAUCCUAUAAUUAGUAUUCUUUUGUACUAGAGUCGUAUUUUAAGUUAUUCAUAUUCAAAACACUCGUUGUCGUGUUUAUCAGAUAUAAAACGCUCGGCUGCGCCUCGCGUUUCAUAUCUGAUAAAACACUCCUACUCGUGUUUUAAUUAGUACAUCAAGGUGAGGGACUGCAUGGCUCUUCUGCAUUUAAUACGCACAUAUUUCCACCUGCGCGGAUCGUCAUUCGUCACAAUUAUACUAAAUAUUCGAUAACGCAUUGUUAUAAUAUAACUUUAAUCCAAAUUUGAAAGCAUGCAAACCAUUAAAGCGUUCCAUGAUUUACGUUGUACGUCGGUAGGCUGCAUGCUAAUGAUUUUAUAAUUCUUUGUUUGCAAUGACGUAAUUUUGGGAUUUCUGUUGACGGACAGGUAUAACAAAAAACGGCUAUUUUAAUGUAUUGAUCGAGUUUAGAGACAGUUUAAAUUAAGACUCAAAAGAUGAAUUAUACCGUUCAGUUUUUCUUGCUACAACCAUUCUGAUAGGAGAAAAAUCGUCCACAAGUUGUUUGAUUGCCCGUCAUUUGGAUGAAAAGUCACGUGAUUGCAAACAAAGGAUAGAGUAAAACCAAGUCCAAGUAUUAGUAAGCAAGUUGAUAUAGUAUUGUUUUAUACGCCGGGACGUUGGUGAUAAAUAUAUUUCUUAUGUAUUUCAGCAUUACCGUGUCCAUAUUACCCACCACCAAUCAAUGGAGGUGUCGCAAUGAAAGAUUAUUGGGGUGCACCAGCAGCAUUUAUAAGUUGUAAUAAAGGGUAUGACUUUGCAACCACGCCUGCUUGGUUGUACCAAUGUUUUGUUGAUGGUACAUGGCUCUUGUACCCCGGAACUGCCACAAUGCCUUGGCCUGAUUGUACAGGUAAAUUACUACUUAUUCUUGUUUAUAAUACCAUCGCAUUGUUUCCUACUGAUCAAGUACAGUCGCGUAGGUUUUGAUAUGAGCAAGAUUAAGUCACCUUAUCUCUCACACAAUGAUAUAGCGAUAAUUUUUAGAUGAAGAAAUGGGAGGGACGGGUCGGGUGUGGGGCGUGGAAAAUAUGAAAUAUUUAAAUGAAUAAAAGGACAGCAUUUAAAUAUUUGUAUGAUUUAAAGUGUAUUUGUUGAGGUGAUUAGUACUCAUAUAAAUAACAUUUAGAAAGAUUAAAAUUUUUCCGUGCUUACACGUACGUAUGACAAACUGAAAAGCAGUCUUCAGUAAGUCACAUCAGAAAUCAUGAAGGUUACAAUAAACAUAUAAGAAUGCAAAAAAUUACAAUUGUUAAGAACUAACUAGUGGGUGAUGCUAAUGUAGUUACGUUUCCAAGUCUUAUGUAAGUUAGUAAUUGUCAGUUUGUCUAUUUGGAAUGAAUGUUUUUCUCGCGCAUGCGUGUAAACAGUAUCCUUUGCAUACUGUUGUAAAUCCAUACUACUAGUCUUAAGCAGGUUAAGGUCACGUGACCUCUUAGUAGAAGUCGCCUAUUAGUAAAUCUAAGCACUACACACCUGUUUCUUUGUUGGGAAGGGCGGUGGUUAAUAGAGGGGCUUGAUAAAUUUUGUCCUUUAAGAAAAGGGGAGUUUAUUUGAGAAAUGUUAAUGAAAUUAAAUAUAUGUUUUUGGUUUAUAAAUUGUCUACUAAUUUGUAAUCUAGUUGUCUACGAUGCUGACGCCAGGAAAGGAAUGGAGUUACAGUACUUCUCCGGUGAUUGCACGGAUCCUGCAGUUCAACUAGAGGCGAAGAAAAACUUUUUAAAAGCUUUCAACAUUUUUCUACAAGACCAGUUUCCUGAUUAUUGUGAUAUUGAGCAGAGUUGCACUGUCGAGAAUGUUCAAGUUUUAUGUGGUCAGAAACAAGGAAUUGGAAAUAGACGUAAACGCGGAAUUCCAGGGGUAUGUAAAGUAGCUACUGUAAAACCCUGGUUUUAUAAACCUCUUUAAAAGAUUUUUAAUUUAGAUCCCUGCCCGUUUGAAAGUGCCAAUAAACGUCAUUUGGUGGCACUAAACGUAGCCUGCGUGCAGGCCCAAGCGAACUGAUAUCAGUUCCCUUGGGCCUGCACGCAGGCUACACUAAACGUCAUUCGUAUGUAAAAGUAUUUUUAAAAUAAUAAGUAACUUGUUUCAAAGCUUCUUGUUUCUUCACCAUCUUUUAAUAUACAAUUACUUUAUGGUUUCCGUGUUUGGAUGGCCUGAUCCAAACACGCGGGAAUGUUGCGAGAGUUAAGAAAAGCGAGCGAAAUCACGAGCCGAAGGCGAGUGAUUUUGCCCGCUUUUCUUAACUCGAGCAACAUUCUCAAGUGUUUGGAUCAGUCCAUCCAAACACGGAAACCAUAAAGUAAUUGUUUUAUAAAAUAACAACAACACGGUAGUCUUCCGUGUUUGGAUGGCCUGAUCCAAACACGGCUUUCGACCAAUCAGAAUACGCGUUAUAUACAUGUUAUUUUAUAAAGAUAUUUCAGUUACUUUGUUUGAUGUGCAAAUCCAGAAUUUAACUCACAUAUGCUUAACGCCACUAGCCGCUAGUCCUAUUUUGGGUAAGUGAAUAUUCGCCGUGACUCAUCUCAAUCACUAAAUAUUUCUAUUAAUAACAUAGAAAAAUUAACAUAAAGAAUUAAGGCACCUUAACAUAUUAAACAAAUUUUUCCGGACAGUACAUUCAGUUCAUUUUCUUUUGGUUUAACGUACCGUUAUUCCUUAAAAUCUCGCCAAUUUCUCCUAAUUUUAGCUCUAAUUAUUAGUUUUUAAUCAUUGUCACUCAUAUAUUUCCCUUCCUAUCCAAUUCAUGUUUCGCCGGCUACGAAAACAAUUUCCCGACUGGAAUUCAAUAAUUUACCGACUACUUGACGGUUGGGGUGUGCUUUUCUUUUUUUUCUUUUUUUUUAACAAAUUUGUUUGGAUCAAUGUAUAUACAAACAUGCAAAAAAAGCGAAUAUUUACAUAGUAAAACACAGACAUUUUAAAGUUGGAUCCAAAAAGGCAAGGUACGAACGGGACUCUUUGAAAAAUUCCAAUGCAAGGCACCUGCCGUCCAAUUAUAUCAUUAUAUGUACAGUUAUAUACACAUAGUACACGUACGCACGCUCACAGACAAAACACACACACAGACUGCAUGGUUACACUGCAUAAACGCUUAAAGAUAGACUAUUAAAAAACACAUUUAUUUUCGCUAUUCUCUAUGACAGGGACAGUCACGCACCAAGGACCAAGUACAGGAUAGUUCAACAUGCAUAUACUGAGCGUAGAAGUUCUAAAUAUCUGCGUUUAAGAAAGUUGCUUCCCCCUCUAGCGGCGGCCCUGACGACAAUUUUAGUUAUUUGACAAUUAUUGAGUGAGGUUGCGUAUAUACGAUAUGAAAUAUCUCGAGAAAAAAAUUAUGACUGGAGAGUGAAUAAGAUGUACAAACUUGCUUUUAAGUCUUUAUGCAUGUGUGACGUAAAUUCAAACAUUAAUUUGCAUAUCAAAAUUAAAAACAAACUGAACUACUCAAAAACAAAACGAGGAAAUGAAAAUGUCAAAAUAAGUAACCUUAUAUAUCGUUUUAAACGUUCUUUAAUUGAAAAAAUGAUAAAAUUAAGGUUAGUGGCUCUUGAAGACUUGAACUCCUGUCAGCUAAUCCUCCCUUCGUUACAAUUAUUUACAGAAAACGGUAUUUAUUGACAUUGAGGUAAAAAUGCAAAACAAGAAAGGAAAAACACCAAGUGACCUCGUCAGUGCUCUCGACAGUGUCUCAGCAAAAGUGAAAAGUGAACCAAAACUGCAGCAACUUCAAACUAACAAACAAAUGUUAACAUAUGAAACAUUAUUGGAGAACCCUGCCGAAAUCUCGUGUCGAAAUGGUAGUGUUUUUGGAAUGAAUGCUUCCCCCGACAAAGGUGCUUUCCAGAAAUGUCGUAAGUAUAUUGAGUGUCAUUAUCAUUUGUUCAGAUUGUGUAAACACAGUUAUACCGCCACCUUUUGGGCCCUAGUUACCUACUGUCCAUUUCAGUCAAAAGUUGACUGCCUGAGUCAAAGCAUUCUGACAAAGCGUUCUGUUAGUGUUUCUGUAUAAACCCUUACCGACUGAAUAGGGUAUCUUAUGCAAGGGACUUUUUGAAGCUUCGAGUGUAAAUUCGAAAUCAAAUAAACUUGCCAAAUAGCAAUUUAAAUCAAUAACUUCAGUGAGUAAUGGUUAAAGCAAUCUUUACAAUCAACCAAGAUGGCGCCUAAUAACACGUAGUGACGUCAUGCGGAAACUAUAAGAAUAUAUAAUGGCAAUUCGUAUAAUCUCUUCUCUUGACCAUCAUCCUCACAGAAAGCUGUCCUGCUGGCACGUACUUUGAUCUAAAACUGAAAUCAUGUCAAGACUGUCCUAAAGAUACUUACCAGGAAGAAAGUGGCCGAUUUCACUGCAAUAAAUGUCCACAGAAAACAUUCACAACAGGAUCUAAGGUCAAGAAUGCUACUGACUGUCGAGGUA